AUGAUGAAAGGUGGUGCACAAGAACGUCUGAAGAUUGCAGCUGCUGAAGCACCAGUAACUGCUGAGAACGAACGUCGCACGCGUGACGGUAAAUUCACUUUGAGACAGUUAAGGCAGACUGAUGGACUAAUUCCCCUUCAGUCGGGAACAAAUCAAUUCGAUUCACAGAAGGGUAAGACUGGCUUCGGUAUGCCACGCAAUACCGCGACACCAGUCGAAUUCGCGGACAGAGGAAAAAAGUGGACUAUAGCGCAGCUGAGGGCAACAGAUUCAAUCGUAAGAUUACAGUCCGGCACCAACCGUUAUGAAUCUCAGAAAGGUAUGACUGGUUUUGGAACGCCAAGGGAUGUGAAAGGAAAACAUUUGAAACGAAUCUGGGAACUCGAGUUUCCUGACGAAGCGAUCCCCGAUGAUCAACGAUUGCAACAAACUGAAGAACAUAUUGAAUAA